AUGUCCAAACAUCACCCAGAUUUACUAAUGUGUCGUCGUCAACCCGGUAUCGCUAUAGGGAGAUUGUGUGAUAAAUGUGAUGGUAAAUGUCCAGUGUGCGAUUCCUACGUACGACCGAUGACGUUAGUGAGGAUAUGUGAUGAAUGUUCAUUCGGAGCAACAUCUGCUAAAUGUAUAAUCUGCGGUUCACCAGCUAUAUCCGACGCUUAUUAUUGUACGGAAUGUACUAGGUUGGAAAAAGAUAGAGAUGGUUGUCCUAGGAUUAUCAAUAUGGGUGCUAGUCGUGUUGAUGCGUUUUACGAGAGGAAAAAGCUUGGGAUGACAGGUGGAGGGUUCAAAAAGGGAUAA